AUGCUGGUUGUGUUUAUGGGACGCCCACCAUUCGUGGAGGCUGGUGAAGGGGGUCAGCUGGUCACAAAAUGGGCGUCGGCGUGCCUAUCCUCGGGGAACUUGGGAAGCCUCACGGACCCCACAAUGGACGCCCCUGCAGAUGCUGUGCUGCGUGUGGCUCAGCUCGCCCUCACCUGCACCAUGGAGCGCACUGCAGCCCGCCCAAGCAUGGCACACAUCGCCAACGAGCUGCAGUCCAUCCGGGAAGAGGUGGUGGGGAAAGAGGAGCUGAGCGCGGCUGUUAAGGUGGAUGCGCAGGUGCAGGAGAAGGGGAUUUCUGCAAGUGUAUUAAGCAUCAACGAACAGCUUCAGAUUCUUGAAAACAACUAG